AUGGGCAAAAUGAUUGAAUGUCACUGGGACCUUGAGGGCAGCUCUCUGCUUCUUCCUCAAAAUAGCGAGGAGGAAAAUAUUACUUCCGCAAUGUGUUGUGUACUCCUCCGUCUUCUCAUUUCCAUCGCUCUGUUGGGCCGAUACUCCGCGCUGGACAGAUACCCAGAGAAUCUGAGCGUUGUGAAACGGACGAGGGUCUUCAGUGUCGACUGCAAAGGGUCUUCGGACAUGAACGUCAGCUGGAAGAUGGAUGGUGAGACACUGCAGACGUCCGGGCACCUCGUCCUGGAGAACGUGGACCAGCCGGAGGCCGGCAACUAUACCUGCUGGCAGAACGGCAGCUUGGUGAAGCACACCUACCUGGUGAUCAGCGAGGAAGACCAGUCACCCAUCUUUCAGUCCAAGCAAGUGCAAUGUGGUACAAGAACGUUCGCAGGUCUCAUUACCUGUUCAUGGCAAACUCACGGCCCAGCCUUCUUCAAAGUGAGGUACUGCAGAAGGAAUUCCGGAGUUGUGUCGGAAUGUUCCUACCGUCAUUUAAACUACUCCAGCUCUGGCACCGAGCACCACCUCAAUUUUUCCGAGGAUGACUACUCCCCUUACGCAGAGGAAUACGAUCCCAUCACCUUUAUUGUGGAGGCCGUAACCAGUGUCUCGUACCAGAGCCUUCAAACGACCUUCUAUGUGGGUGAUAUCGUGAAGCCAGAUCAUCCUCAGUUAUUGUCGGUCGAGCCGAAACAAAAAAAGUUCAUCGUCUCCUGGAGUUAUCCCCAGAACUGGAUCAAACCCUACUCCUACUUUCCUCUGGCCUUCGAUGUCGAGAGCAAACCCAACAAGAAUAACAGGAAAUGCAAGGUCAUGCUGGAAGACCUCAACAUCCCAAAGAUCACCGUCCCGAGAGCUUGCAAGGUUCGCAUCAGAGCAAAGGACAGGUUCCUGAGUUCGCCUUGGAGUGAGUGGAGUGACUGGGUUCACAUUAAGACCAAAACGACAACAUAA